UCCCAAGCCAGAUUUUUCAGCACACAUUUCUAAAGGGAACAACAAAAACUACAAUCACUGUAAAAGUCCUCUAAUGAGCAUGGGCAAUAAACUGACUGAAGCUUGAGCAGAUGUCUCCUAGCAACCACAUCAAAGGAAAAACUAUUAAUUUGCCUUCCUGAGACCCCAGCCCCUUCUGGAAGUAAUGGACCCUGCACAAAUGAAGUUAAAAACAUAAAUAUAAGGGCGUGUAUUUGCUUCACCUGGUGUUCUGCUGGCAUAUCACAAGGAUUACAUGUUAAAACAGCAUAAAGAACCUGCAUUUCACUUUGAACCAGGACAAUAUUAUGGGACAGUAUUUAUUUCCUACAUGAUAAGAAUUUAUUUUUAUUGGUACCAAAAUGCAUUGUAUUGAUCUGGAGUUGAAAAUUAUAGUUACCGCUUUGAUAACAUUUCUGCUUUAUUCAGCUGAGAAAGGAGAAAGCUAUGCAUUGCAAGGUUGCGAAGUACAUGGAAAGUAUAACCUGAAGGUUCUAUGCUACAACAAAAGAUUAACCCAUGUCCCUGAGCAGCUUCCUAUGGGUACCUUCAAUCUUGACAUUUCUCACAAUAGAAUUAAAAGACUAACUAUUGCUGACUUCAGAAAUGUAACACAAAUGCAGAUAAUGAAUGCAUCAGCCAAUCAAAUCAGUUUUAUUGAGAAUGGAACUUUUCAGAACUUGGAAGCACUGCAAUUACUGAACCUUAGGAUAAACCAAUUAAAAUCCAUAACAAGUGAUAUGUUCAAAGGACUGAAAAAUAUCACCACUCUGCUACUAGAUACAAACCUGAUUGCAACUAUAGAGCCAAAUGCAUUCUCUAGCUUACCAAAGCUGAAGAUACUUGGCCUAUCAUCCAACAAACUGUACACAACAAAAGUUAUUAAUUAUUUUUUUCAGAUAAAUAGACUUAGUGAGCUGUAUAUAGGCAAUAAUAAUUUAAAGACUUUUUCUACUGGGGACAUAGUAAAUGCGUCUAGCUUUCUUCGAACAAUAGAUGUUUCUAGAAAUCCAUUUUUUUUUAUCGGGUUCAUAACUAGCAAUUUACAGAACAUUACUUCUUUAGACAUAUCAUUUUUGCCACAAACUGUUUCAUGGAACAUUAAAGAGCCGUGUUUCUUAAAAGGUCUUAAAAGGUUAAACAUGAAUGGGAUCCUCCUAAAUCAUACAGCUAUAUCAAAUGUUAUACAAAGUCUCUCAUGCAGCAGUCUGGAAGAACUUAACCUAAGCUAUCUAAAUCUAACAGACUCUGACCCUCUUAUUCCACAGAUAUGUCAUUGGCACCCAAAGAUUCAAAUUCUUAAUCUACAAGGCAAUAAUUAUACACAAUUUAAGGUAGACACCUUUCAAAACUGCACUUUUUUACAAUAUUUGGAUUUAUCUCACAACAAGUUUCAGAGGUUUACUGCAUCAACCUUUCAACACCUUAGCUCUCUAAAGCAAUUGUCUAUUGCUAAUAAUGAGCUUAAUGUAAUGCCAAAUGACUUGUCUAAUCUAGCCUCCUUGGAAAGGCUAAACCUGAGCUACAAUCACCUUAGUGAUGUGCAUUUGAAUGAAUCCAAGUCAUACAACACCCUGAAGGAUCUUGAUUUGAGUGGAAACAUAAUAUCAGUCUUCAGUACAUCAGCACUUGGAAAUUUGAGUCUUCAAAAUUUGUACCUGGGAGAAAAUCACCUAUUGGAUAUUUCAAAUUCAUUUGCAUAUAGUCUUAGAAAGUUAAAAAACCUACAAAUAAGAAAAAACAAGUUAGAUUCAAUAACUUUAAACACUUUCAAGAAUUUAGAGUCCUUGGAAAAUCUUAAUCUAGUUGAUAAUCAGAUUGAAACAAUUGAUGAAGGAGCCUUUAAUGGUCUUGUAAAUCUGAAAGUCUUGCUACUUGGAAGCAACAAAAUAAAAAGUAAUGUCUUCCAAAAGGGAACUUUUCAAGGACUGAGAUCACUUGUUGAACUACAACUUUUUAGCAAUUACAUUGAAUAUGAUUCCUCAGAAAAACUUAAUAUUGCCCCUUUUCAUCAAUUAAGUUCUUUAAAAUUGAUCACCCUUAAUAGCCAAGGUUCCAGUGGUAUGCGUAAUUUUCCAGUAAACUUGUUGGAAGGCUUGGUGUCGUUAGAAAAGAUACAUGCAGGCAAUUUGGCUCUUAAUAGUUUUGAGUCAAAAACAUUUUCAUACAUUCCACAGUUAAAGGAAUUAGACAUAAGCAACAAUCCUGUCGAAAUUCUGGAUCCACUGUUGUUAAAACCUCUGCUUAACUUAACUGAACUGCAUGUCAAUCAAAUGCAUUUGGAUUCUCUUGAUUUUCUCAAUAUAUCAUAUUACCCCAAUCUCACUUUACUCCGUGCAUCAGGGAACCAAUUAAACUUGCUAACCUCUAAGCAGCUGGGAGCACUACCUGCACUUCGUUUCCUGGAUCUUCGAAAUAACAAGCUUACCUGCAGCUGUGACAACCAGUGGUUUAUAGACUGGGCACUGAAUGAUGUGAACACACAGGUUUUGUAUUUCUUUGAAUACAAAUGUGCUUAUCCCCCAUCCUCCAAAGGGACAAAUCUUCAUGAUUUCAACAUCUCCUCCUGCAGGCUAAACUAUUCCUUUAUUAUGUUUCUAUCUACCACAAUUUUCAUAAGUACACUAAUGAUUUCUUUAACAAUAUUUAAUUUUUGUAGAUGGCAAGUGGUCUAUGCUUAUUACAUAUUCCUCGCUUUUCUGUAUGACAAAAAAUACCAAAAAAGAAAACCUAAAUAUCAAUACGAUGCCUUUAUCUCUUUCAAUAAUCAUGAUGAGGAAUGGGUCUUCAAACAUCUUGUACCUAACCUUGAGGACAAAUAUAAAUGGAAGCUUUGCCUCCAUCACAGAGACUUUGAACCAGGAAAGCCCAUAUUAGAUAAUGUAAUUGAUAGCAUCUACAGCAGUCGGAAAACUGUCUGCAUCAUUAGCACCUACUAUUUAGAGAGUGAGUGGUGUUCUAAGGAAUUGCAGGUAGCUAGCUACAGACUUUUUGAUGAGCAUGCGGAUGUACUGAUUUUAUUAUUUCUUGAGGAUAUUCCCAGUUACAAACUUUCACCUUAUCAUAAGAUGAGGAAGUUUAUCAAAAAGAAGACAUACCUUCUCUGGCCCAAAGACAUCAAUGCUGCACCUGUCUUCUGGUGUAAGGUAAACCAGGCUUUAGAAACCAUUGACUGCAAAGAGGACGACUGCAACCUAAUGUCAGGUGCUUGUGCAUAACACGUAGAGCACAAGAAACAGAACAUAAUGUUCUUUCCUGAGAGAAUGAGAUACACUAAGGAACUUGAUCAGACCAACACUGUCUUCAGUGUGGCCAGGGACCACCAUGAGCUACUGCCAAGUUCACAUACAGUAUAAAAACAACUAUAAAUUAUGGCAGAGAAUGUGUAGAGAAUAUCACAUGAUUAAGGGGAACGUCACCGAAAUGUUGUGUUGAAUUUUGAUCCGCAUGUCUUAUAAUUAAAGGGAUUUUUAAGGAGCUAAGAAA